AGGACCAAGGUCCCAGCUGAGAGGAGACUGUAACUCAUUGUGAAAAAAUUAAGACCAACAAUCAUUCGGUAGAUUGUUGCUUGAAGGUAUUUUUAUUAACUUUAUUUGUAUUUUAUGACACUUUUAAUUGGCCAGUCAUGGCAUUUCUGAUCUACCUGACUGUUCUGACAACAGCUGUCAUCACACAGGUGACUGCUAGCUGCCCAGCAGAGUGUGAGUGUCCUGCAGAGCCUCCGGUUUGCCCUCCAGGUGUUAGCACUGUGCCAGAUAGAUGUGGGUGCUGCAAGGUGUGUGCUGCACAACUCAAUCAAGACUGCAGUCCCAUCAGGCCUUGCGACCACCACAAAGGCCUGGAGUGUAAUUACGGCAAUGAUGUGACCAUGGCCUGGGGCAUCUGUCGAGCAAAAUCCGAGGGACGCACAUGUGAGUACAACGGCAGGAUCUACCAGAAUGGUGAGAGCUUCCGUGCCGGCUGUAAACACCAGUGUACCUGCAUCGAUGGAGCUGUUGGCUGCGCUCCUCUGUGCAACAACAAGCUGCCCCCUGCUUCACCGUCCUGCCCCUAUCCUCGUCUGGUCUGGAUCCCCGGCCAGUGCUGCUUCAGUGUCGACUGCCAUAAGGGCACUUGGCGGCUUCCUCCAAAGCAUCAGGUGCCUCCGCCACAACAACACCUGCCCAAACCUUGGCACCAUCCUGAGCGGCACCACCCUGAAAAUGAGCUGGUCCUUGCCAACAAGCUUACAGAAGUGAAGUCCAGCAGCUGGGAGGGUGAACAAGGAUACAAACACCUGCCUGCGUUUAACCCCUUGAAGGAGAAGAAGUGUCCGGUCCAGACCACUGACUGGUCCCAGUGCUCCCGCAGCUGUGGGAUGGGCGUUUCCUCACGAAUCACCAACAAGAACCCUCAGUGCAAACUGGAGAGAGAGACGAGGAUCUGCACAGUGCGACCGUGUCACAGCUUACCUGUCCCAGCUAAGAAAGGGAGGACCUGUUCACCAACCCAGAAAUCCAUAGAGCCUGUCCACCUGUCCUAUGGAGAAUGUCUGAGCGUCCGCCUCUACCGGCCAAACUACUGCGGCGUGUGCACGGAUGGACGGUGUUGCUCGCCACGACGCACUCGCACUGUGCCGGUGACCUUUGUGUGUCCGGACGGCGAGCGCUUCCAGAGGCAGGCCAUGUUCAUCCAGUCAUGUAAAUGCAGCGACGACUGCGGCCACCUCAAUGAAGUGGCCCUUCCUCCACAGCACUGGAUGUACGGAGACACGCACAAGUUCAUAGACUAGUACUGAGGAUUGUUUUGACGUGAAUGUGAUGAGGUCAGCUUUCUUAAAGAAGGAGGACACUUCCGAGACGAGGGGCCGAUUUAUUUUUUUCUGGCUCCAAGUGAGUGAAGGCCAAAGGCAGGAAGAACCACCCUGGUAUUAUACACAACCAUAAAGGCAACCCAUAUUGUAUUGUAGUACGUGUGACCAGAGUGGAUUGUACACUUGCCUGCUCCUGUUCAAACUGACGAGGGACCUAAAUUAGAGCCCUGAAACGCCAAGGACUUCCUGCACUCUGAACUAAUUGCUGGUUCAGGUGUCGAGGAUUAUUUCUAGAAAAAAUUUUGAGACCCUCAGAUCCGCCUGAGAGGAGAAACACUACAAAAGCAACAAAGCACUUUAUUUAGCACUGAAACCUGACUGUAACAUGUGAGCAGUGCACAAGAAUCUCCAACAAGAUCGCCUCACCUGCAUCAGUAGAUUUAACUACUGUAAUGACUUCAUUUCCCACAAUGCACUGUGACUUUUUAGCGACAAACAGCAAAAGAACAACUUUUGCGGUUUUAUGUAGAAAACGCCACAUUGUAAUGCAAAAUGUGGACUUUUUCCCCCCAAAAAAUAUACAAAAUGAGCACAGAAUGUUACAAAUAUAAACAAAUACAUCAUAUAUGCCUUUUAUGUGUGUGUACACGCUGCCAUGUACACACAUCAGUGAAUGAGUUUCCUUGUAACAGGAAAAAAAGUAAUUCCUGGACCUGACGAGCAUUCAGCAAGGACUGAACCGAUGCCAACUGAUUUCUUGUUUUUGCAUGAAAUGCAACACAGAAAAAUGUCUUACACAAACCUGUAUUUCUUCAGAAUUUAUGUUGGAUCACAAUGUAUUCUGCAACUACAUUUCUUUAUUUUGAUCCAAUUUUGUAUUAUUGUCACAUUUAUACACUUUUAUGAAUUGACACACUACAGUGUAGCUGUCACAAGUUUUUGCUGGUCCAUCCAUGUGAUAAAACUGGCUUCCAA